UCCCAGGCAGCACCUUGUCCCUGAUUCGCUGAUGUCCAGGUCAAUUCUAGUUAUUCCAGCUUUCUCUGCGCUCCCAUUCCAUAUAAUGUUGUUGUGUUCACACGAGUCUCACCUACUCAGCACGGCUUGAUAUCUAUCAACAACAAUGAGGACAAUGUUAAUCUUCUUUGGAAUGCUUUUCACCCUUUCAAAUGCAGAACUCCAAGUGAGCCUUCUGAAAGAGUCAGAUGGACUUGUAACAGGCAGGUUUGCUGACUCUUUACUUUUGAGUCUGCCUCCAUGUUAUUUGGCAACAAAGAGUGUGACUUUGGAGUACAACAACACUGACACCAACGAGAGCAAAACUUUGGUCAAUAUAUUCAAAGUGCUCCCCUGUCAGCUCAGAAGGGACAUCCUCUCAACCAUUGAGAAUAAUGGCCAGUUCACUACCAGCAGAAACCUGGGUUAUCAAGUGACAAAUCUCACCACUGGCUCAACAUACAGGCUUCAGUAUGUGGUAGGGGCAGAGAAGAGCAACAUUCUGGAGGGCUCUACAAGACAAGUCAAAGACCACAACCAAAUAGACUCUGGCCUGCCAGCACGCAGUGGAGCCAUGGUGGUCAUCACCGUCAUACUGUCUGUGUCCAUGUUCAUUUUGCUGGUAGCCCUCAUUGUCACUGUUGCCUAUUCCCUUGGUGGGGAUUAAAACACAUUUCUAAAGUCUGAAUUUCACAUUUAAUAUAGAUUUUAUCUGGAUACAUUUAUACAAUUAUACUUCAUAUGCAAACACGCAUCAGUACUGCACAUUGCUGAAGUACUUCUUUAAUGAUAGCUUUGAACAAUAUUCUAUGAGGUAUCUGUUUCCAGAACUUUCUAGUACAUUUAAAACCUUGAAUUAUAGUGUUUUAUGCAGUUUCAACUGCUGUCUAUCGUUCGCUUAUUUGGAGUAUGACUGAAUUAAAAUGAUUCAGAUUUAACAACAUUCCAACGUUACAUUAUUUUUAAUAGUAACAAACAUCAUUAGUCAGCCUACAUCAACUUCAUAGCAUUGUAAAACGUUUUAUAAAAAUAAACAAACUUUCAUAAA